AUGUGGUACGCGAAAAAAUACGAACCUCUCCAAGCGGGUAGUAUUGACGGAACAGAUACGGUACCGCACGAUCACGGAAUUUUACGAGCGCAAAAUGCCUGUUAUAUGCCACCUUCAAACGAAGAAGGUCUUACUGGCGAUCCCCUUAAAACAUUGUUCGUUGGGCGAUUAAAUCCAAUAACCACUGAAAAAACUCUGAAAAAUGCGUUCGAAAAAUUCGGUACAAUCAAACAUAUUAGACUCGUAAGAAAUUUAGGUGAUUCGCGUGGAUAUGCGUUUAUUGAGUUCACACAUGAAAAAUCUUGUCAAGAAGCCUACAAAAACUCCUAUAAAAUGAUAAUAGAUGAUCGUCAAAUUUUAACGGAUUAUGAACGAAGUCGCACGAUGGAGGGUUGGGUUCCAAGACGACUGGGUGGUGGAUUUGGGGGACGAAAAGAAUCAGGACAACUUCGAUUCGGCGCAAGAGACCGACCAUUUAAGCGACCUCUCCAUGUUGCUGGUAAUCAGUCCAUGCCAGAAAUUCUUCCUGAACAUCGCUAG